AUGAGGUGGUUCUACGCAGUCGAUGUGCCCAACUCCAAACCCGGGUGGAACAAAUACACCAAAACCAAGGAACCCGAGAAAUUCAUCCCGUUCUCGGAGUGGGACUCAUUCAAUUUGGAAGUCAACUUCAGAAAGAAGCUGACCGUCCCAGUUGAAGUCAACGAAGACCGAUUGUUUGAAGUGGAUUUGCAGAAGUUGGAGUUGGCCCCAGUUUAUUGGGAAGGCCCCAUCUAUGAGGUACGAAGAGGGGUUUGGUUUGACCUGAAUGGAAUUCCGUUUUCCAAGAAACAAACCGAGGAACUCGAACAAGGCUAUAAGAAAGUAAAGCCGUACACGUUUAAUCAUGAAAAGCCAGACACCGAAAGUAAAGAAAACAAGGAAAUCAUCUCCAAGUUUAACAAGUAUAUCAAAGAAGUCGAGGAUAGCACGCAGAAGGUUGACUUGAGUCAAGAAAAAGAUAUUCUUAAAUUAGAAAGUGGGAAUUAUGUCAUGUAUCUAGAUGGCAAGAAUGCGGUUACCUUCCCUGCUGAUUACGAUACAAACUUUCAAAUCGACGUUAUUAGACAGUUUAGCUCGACCUCUACUGUUCCCUUGAUCGGGGUCAAUUCUAUCCAGCGGGGCUACUCUGACGACAUGGGCGAGUCCAUUUUCGACAAGUUGUCGACAAACGCCAUUCCAACCAUUGCUGAUUCAUUCCAAGACGAAUUUGGUUCAAUACUCGGAUUUGAUCAAACUAUAACAAGAGAAAAUGACGAAACUGAAACUAAAACUGAAACUGAAAAUGAAAUAGAUGAUCAUCACAUGCAACAGUAUCUCGAAGGCGAUUACGACCAUUCAGUUUCUAAAAACGAAUCAAACCGUGAGAUUGACCAUUUGAUCUUUUGUAUUCACGGAAUUGGACAAGUGUUGGGCAAAAAGUACGAGUCAAUCAACUUCACCCACAACAUCAAUGUUCUUCGAAACACCAUGAAGAAAGUAUAUACGGAGAAUGACCAAUAUAAGAAACUUGCAUAUCCCAUUGCUGACAAAAAGGAUGAGACAUACAACACUAACAAUCGAAUUCAAGUAUUGCCCAUUACCUGGAGACACAAGAUUGGAUUCAACCCCGAGGAAACAGUGAAAGAGCAUGAUCCAAGAUUGCCUACCUUGUCACAAAUCAACGUUGAUGGAAUAAGAGCAUUGAGAAAUGUGGUGGGUGAUGUGGUUCUUGAUGUGUUGUUAUACUACGAACCUAAGUAUUUGAAGGAAAUCUUGAUGGCCACAUCAACGGAAUUAAACCGGGUGUACAAAUUAUACAAGGAACGCAAUCCCAAUUUCAAUGGAAGAAUUCACGUGUUGGGACAUUCAUUAGGAUCAGCAAUCGCCUUUGAUUUGCUCAGCGGACAAACGGGAACAGCCCAUGGCGACAUUGAACUACCAAACAAGCUCGAUUUUCAAGUGGAUUCCUUAUUCCUUGCUGGCUCGCCAGUAGGUUUAUUCAAAUUGCUCGAGGGAAAGAACAUAACUGCAGCAUUUGAUGAUAAAGUAGUCAACAACAAUGGAAAGGAUCUUGACAAGGUUGCCGCGCCAAACUGUCGCAACUUGUACAACAUAUUCCAUCCGUGUGAUCCAGUAGCUUAUCGAAUUGAACCAUUGAUUAACCCACAAUUUGGGAAUUUCAAAGCUGAGCAGAUUGCCUUCGCCCUGAGGGGAAUAUCCACCCAUAUUCAAGAACUCUAUAGUUAUGGAGAUGGAAUUACUGGCAAGAUAUCACAAGCAACAAAGUGGUUGCGAGGGGCAACAAAGUCUGAACCUUCUCCCCAGAGCAAAUCUAUUGAAGAGCUGGCAAGUGAAGAGAAUGCCUUGGGUGAUAUCAUAACUAGCAUAAUUGUGGAUGAAAAGAAACAGGAGUCCAAUAAAGUCACCAAACGGAAUAUGACUGAUGAUGAACUAAUUGAGUUACUUGCUUUGAACAAUACAGGAAGAGUAGACUACUGUUUACCCAUGGGGGUCUUGGACUUUUCAUUAGUGUCUGCUGUCAGUGCACACAUCUCCUACUUUGAAAACCAGGAUACUUCUGGGUUUAUCAUGAAGGAAUUAUUAGAAGGUAGAGAUGACCCAGUCCGCAAAAAGUUUGUAUCUUUAUAUUAGCACAUAGAAUUAUACACACUAUUCAAUAAGUAAAUCGUCAAUGCUCUGUUCAGCAUCAUGUUUGAUCAAUUCCAACAUUCCCUCGGGUAAAAUAGGUUCACCCUUGUUGUCAACAAUAUACCUAAAUGGCAUCUCAGUGGACUCAUACUUGUUGUAUUUGAUUUCCGGGUAGUCCAAAAAUUUGAUGUCUUCAAACUUGACACCAUUCUCUAUAAUUCGUUGGGUGGUUCUAAUAGCAGUAUCGGUAGUCAUUUGUAACGCUCCCAAUCUUCUCCCGGCAAAACCGUACUUCUUUCUCAAGAUCCCAGUUCUAUCAAUCUUGGGGUGUUGACCCAAGAUACCCCCAAACACAAAAUAGUCGAAUUUCGAUUUGUCUUCAGGAGUCAAGUCAACAGUGGCGCCAGGGUCUAAUAAACAUACUCGGGUCUUGUCUAUGCCUCCAUCAAUGUCGACACAUUCUUCCGUGGUCCAUUGUAAACCCAAGUCAAGGAGUUGUUGGGGGAUGUCCUUUUCGAUGGUGGAUGGUGGUAACGAUGUGAGAACAAGGUUUUCCUUGCCAAUGUCCCUUAUGAUUUGACUGUAUUCUAAAACAACCCACUCGGAGAACCCUUCCUCCAUAUGCUCAAUUAUAUACUUCAUGGUGUGUGUGUGUGUGUGCUGUUGUAAUACCGUUAGGCAGCGGUAAUAGCAAC